AUGGCGCCGUUUCGUAUCGUCAUCGUGGGCGGUGGUAUUGCAGGCUUUACGGCUGCCAUUGCCCUCCGUGGACAUAACAGACAUAUCACAAUUCUCGAACAGUCGACCUUAAACAAGGAGAUUGGUGCUUUGAUCUCUUUGCAACCAAACGCAUCGAGAAUCGUGGAGUCCAAGUGGAAUUUGAGCGAGGAACUCUUGGAGGCACGGCAAAUGGUGGACGAAGGGUUCCGGAUAUACAACACUGAAGGACAUCUCGUCAGCACUAUACCUUUACUGACAAAGGAAAAGUAUGGGGCGGAACGCCUCCUGUUUCAUCGCAGAGAUCUUCAUGAGACAUUGAAACGUGCAGCUGUCUCACCCACACGGGCAGGAGAUCCAGCCAUUGUGCGAGUUUCGUCAAGAGUUGUUGACUGUGAUGCUCUAAAAGGAACAGUCACUCUGGAAAGCGGUGAAAUAGUCGAGGGCGACUUGAUUGUUGGUGCAGAUGGGAUCCAUAGCAUGCUUCGAAAACAUGUACUUGAAGAGACGGUCAGUCCCGUGCCGACCGGUCACUCUGCAUAUCGCCUGAUGAUACCCACAGAAAUUCUUAAAAAGGAAGAACCUGACUUCUGUGCUAAGAUCAAUCCCCAGGAACCUUUCACGUCAAUGAUCGUCGCUCACGACUGUCGUCUUAUUAUGGGCCCCGGAAGGCAAGGCGAGGUUUAUGGGGUUGUCGCUUUAGUACCGGAUGACCAAAUGACCGAGAAUUCUUAUGCAAAACAGUCUUGGGUUGCAGAGGGAGACUUGAAAAGGAUGAUGGAGACUUUUGCCGACUUUCCGUCCUGGGUCAAAAAUAUCUUCAAACACUCGGCCGAUCUGGGACUUUGGCAGCUACGGGAUCUUGACCCUUUGCAGACGUGGCACCGUGGCCGUGUACUUAUCAUUGGUGAUGCCGCACAUGCCAUGUUACCGACACAAGGCCAGGGAGCCAGUCAAGCAAUCGAAGACUCUGAAGCUCUUGGAGCAUUCUUUGAGGAGGUCGUUGAACAACCGUCUUUAGAAAUUCUUACAAAAGCACUUGAGGACAUUUUCCAGACACGCUAUGCGCGUGCCUGUCUGAUCCAGGCAUAUAGUCGGCAAGCAGCAAAGCCAGCAACAGCCCAUGGAAAUACAGUAGUCACAAUGAAACCGGAUGAAUUUAUGGACUUCAACUGCGGAUAUCGCGGGGCCAAAGAAUGGAACAUUAAAGAAUAG